AGUAGGAUUAGGGGUAGUGAGAGCUGAACUCUCAGCUGGCUCGGCCUUGGACUUGGCAGCAGCCUCGUACUGUCGCUGGGGGCAGAUGGUCUCCCUCUCAGAGUCAGGCGUCAGCUGCUCACAUGUGCGCAGAUGAGGGACUUAUUGCGUCGGACGGUGAGUCUCCACCACAGCUCGCAGAGAGGGAACCUCACAGUGACAGACUCCUGAUAAACUCCUGACAGCCUGCUACCUGUUGGCUUUACUGAAAUUUGAAAGAACUUUUUUCUGUUUCUCUGAUAAAGCUCACAUUUCAUCUGUGAGGAUAUGAUUCAUUCAAGGUGCACAACAGGAAACGUGUUUGGUUCAGGAGCUUCCUCUUUCCCUGGACACCCCAUACAGGAUGUUCCAGUCUUCCCCUUUCAAUGAACAAAGCGGAUUCGCGUCCAAACUAACCACACAGCAAUAGAAGUAAUAAUCCUCCAAGAUGGCAGUCACUUCUCUCUAUGUUACAGAGGAGCCAGGAGUCGGUUUAGCUGAAGUGGACAUAUGUACACUUGAGAUUAAUAUCAAGUAUGAAGUCAUCCCAUCUAUCGUCUGCUCUGUUUGCUUCUUAUUCGGCAUCAUCUACAGCUUUUUUGGAUACCGCUGCUUCAAGAUGGUCAUGUUCUUCUCCGGCUUCAUGUUUGGAGCAGCAGCCGUCAUCCUGUUGUACCACAAGGAGCCAGUCCUGGAAGUCCAGCUGGGGACAGAAACCAAAGCAGGGAUCGGCCUAGGCGUGGGUGUACUCUGCGGGUUGAUGACCAUGCUGGUGUCCACUAUGGGACUCAUCGUCAGCGGAGUACAGCUGGGGGGUCUGCUCUCUCUCCCCAUCCUGGUGGUCAUCGGACAGUUUCACACCCUUACUCCAGUGUGGGUGCCUUUCAGUGUCGUGCUGUCCGCCAGCAUCGUCACUGCUAUCUUCACACUUCAGUGGCAGAAACUGUUCACCAUCAUCUACACCUCUGUGUUUGGAGCGAUCGUCGUGAUGCUGUGUGUGGAUUACCUGGUGGCGACGUUCACACUGCCAGAUCAGGUGUAUGAUAUUCUUAGUCAAGUUACCCCACGUCCACUCUGCUGGUUUAACUGGGCAAUCACUGGGAUCUGUCCAGUUUUGAGUUUGAUAGGUGUGUUGGUGCAAUGGAAGUUUACUGGCAAAGGAGUAUCUCACACAGAAGCUACACAAAAAAAGCAGAAGAAAAUCACCAGGAACCACACAUACAGACAGUCAAGGAGAGGACCUCAAUCACACCGCCGGCGCAGACCUCCACCCUUGAAACGCUACGCUGGGGACGUUUUGGCACCGAGUUAUCUCCAAAGCCUUCAGGAGCACCGGAUGGGAACAGGCUCCUCCAUCAGCAGCGUCAGCACUAUCACACAUACUCUAAUUGACUUUGACUUUGAGACGGGCUCCAUGGUGCCGCUGACUACUGCCUCUCCGAUCUUUGAGGUCUAAAGGAAUACAGCAUCGAAUGUACCUGCAGACUGCAACAUAUCUGAGGAGUCCUUUACCUUACACCUACAAACAUUUCAACAUUUCUUUGAUCUGAAACAAUUCAACCAUUUUGAUGAGCGGCUUCGUCAGAUAAUCAUCAACAUGCACACAGGGACUCUUGGUGUUCAUGCUCUGAAUGAUGGCGAUAAGACAACAUAACACAACAUGCACGGCAGAGACUUUGUGUUUCAUGGUUAUGCUGUUUUCUUUCACACAAUGUCAACACUAAACCAAACUUUUUAUUCUCCUAAUCCUGUAACACCCUCUUGGAAACACAGGCCUGAGAUAUGUCAAGCUGGAUUAGUGAACUUUGGAACAACUGUGAAGUUAUAAACAAUAAAUUCAUAUCAGAAUAAUAUGCAGUAUUCUGAAGAAAUAGAUAUGCAGUAUUCUGAGGAAUAAACCACUGAUUUGACUGUAAAAGGACUGUGCUGUUUGGGGGUAGCAUUAUUAUUCCUAUAUUCAUUUCCAUUAAAGGUACAACAUUCAUUAAGAUUUAUAAAUAUUGAGAUUAUAAGUGCACCCCCAAGUGAACAAAUUAUGAGCAAACAUUACAAGAUUUUUUAUGAUUAUGUAGAUUAUUUUGUAUUUUAUUUAUCUGACGUGAAUGAUUUAAGGGAUGAUCAAUAUUUUGACUGAAAUGCACAUUUCUUUUCUCAAAUAUCCAUAUUUACUACACACACAUACACAUUUAUUUCUGUAUUUCAUUUAAGAAACUGAUGAUGAUUUAAGCAGUUUUUGCUUUUUAAGGUUUUUCUUUUUUUCUCAAACUAGUAACAGAAAUAUCAGAUUAUAAGUAAACAUGCACGUUCUGCAUGAAAGAUUAUCAAUUUCACAUUUAGUAAGAUUACUUUAGCGAAAUACCUUUUAGACAUUACUCAGAAAUGUUCAGAAGUAAUCAUGAUAUUCAAAAAUGUUUUUUUUUAUUGACUGAUAACAUAACAUAUUGAUAACAGCUGCAGAGUUGCUUUUGUUGGCCUGAAAGUUGUCAAAUUUACCAAAAAUGCACAGAUAAGACAAGUUUUUAUGUAAACUUAUAUGUGUGUAUUAAAUGUUAUUAUCUCAGGAAUGUAAUAUGCCUUAAAAUCAACACAGUUUGAUUUGUUCUAUUAAAUAUAGUUUUUAAAUAAUUGUCCCAUUGCCAUAAAAAAGAAACAUCACAUCAUUCAAAUAUUAAUUCUGUUGCUGUUUUCAUGCAGAUUUUUGUACAAAGAGAAUAAUAAUGAUCUGGUAUGUGAAUGUUUUCUAAUCAUUUGUCAGGAUCCCAAUAAAAAAGCAUCUGUCACUGUUA